AUGGCUGGGCCCCGCGAGGAGCGCGGCAGGAGCCAGCGCCGCACUCACAGCCGGCCCGAGCCCCCGGCACGCAGCCCCUGCCCUGGCACCGCGGGACGGGGCUGGGCUUUGGCACCACGGGGCGGUUCUGGGUGGUUUUCACCCCGCUUCUGGAAGCGGGCGCAGGACUCGCCCCCCCGUUUGCGGCGCAGGUCUCCGGUGACCCCCGGCCGGGUGAAGGGGACCCCCGGGGCAGCCGCACCGCAGCCCCAAAGCCACGCCGGGCAUUGUUGCGGCGGGGCGGCGCUGGCUCCUCGCCCCGGCCGGGGCAGCCCCGGAGAGCCUCCCGGAGGACACGCGAGGCGCCCGGCCGAGCCGCCCGGCCGGCUCCGGAGGGGACCCCCGGCCGCCCCGCGGGAGGCGCGGGGCCGGGUGGGCUCCGGGGCGGCCCCGCCGCUGACAGGGCGCCGCGCGGGGCCCCCGCCGCCCCCCGGGCAACUUCGCGGGACCCGGCCCGCGCCGCCCCCCCGCCGCCGCCCCCGGCCCCGCUCACCCUCCCGGCCCGCCCGGCCUCCCCCCGCGCCCGGGGCGGCCUAG